GCUCGAGGCACCGGGACGUGGAGUGCGAUGGUUCGUUGUCUCCGUGUCGGUGCCGUCGCUCACCUUCCGGGACGAAGAUCCGACUCGCACGGAGAGGAACGAGGACAACCGCACCGCCGCCUCCCUCCUCAGCAGCAGGAGCAUCUGUAGGUGAAGCGGCUCCUCCUGUGGUCGCCUCCUGGUGGAAAAAAGGAAGUAUCAAACAAACGACAGGCUUUAUUUUGUUACCAUGGCGACCGUGAUUCGAAGACACGCAUCAUGAAAUUAAAACAGCCACGGUCGUCUCCCAGUAGGAACAGAAUCUGUCAGCAGGCUGUGACGGAAGCAAUCCGGCGGUUUCUAACAUUCCGCCACUGGAGCCGACCGGCCGUUUAGCAGGUUUUGGAGGUGAUGAACCCACAGUUCCCUCCUGACGGCCAGAGUCCAGCUGACACAAACCCCGGCUGCAGCCCUUUCCCCCCCGGGUCGGCUUUAAUGUCAUUAACAGGGGAGAAGCUGCUGAAGUCGGUCGCUGGUCAGUCGACACGAUGAGUUCCCUCGUCUGGCUUCGCAGCAGAUUUCACGAGAAACACUUCAUCCACUCCUGACUUCUACCUCUAGUGACUCAGUGGCCACACUUUGCCCUCCAUAUUUCACAUCAUGCUUUCAUGAUGAUUAAUUAAUUCAUUUUAAAUCAUUUUUCAAGAGAAGGCUCCUUCCCUUCUUUGUCUGCUCAAGGGUUCUUAUACUCUUGAAUGACACUUUUUGAGCUGUUAGUUCUCAUCUGAUUGUAUUUUUCUUUUCUUGUUCUACCUCCUCCAUGCUUCUCCUUCCUCUCUGUCAGAUGCAACUGUUUGACAUUAUCAUACUUUAACAUCAUCAACAAGUUUAACUUAAACUUUUUCUAUCGCCAAAGUGUCAGCCGUUCGUGCCCAGAGCGAAGCUCCCUGAACUUAAUCCCACUUGGCUCCUUUAGUUGUUUUUUCUAUUUUUGUCACAACAUGUGGUCCACCUUCUUUGUGACCGAUGAGGAGGGCCGUACUAUUGGUCCGGCGGCGCCAGGGGGGGGGGCUGCGCCGGGAGGAGCACCCCAGGGUGCGGGGGCCAUGUCCGGCCUCAUGGCUGGACGCAGUACAUUCGGGGGGAACAAGCGACGCAGGACGACGUCGGGACACUUCUUGAGCGAGGCGCAGGAAGGGAAGAUCAAGUUGGCUUUCUUCGUGGCCAUCGUGGGCGUAGUCCUCACGGUCCUCGGGAUGGGGACGGAGUUCUGGGUGGAGCUGUCACCUCCUAAGGGUUUCUACAACAACCAGACGUGUCUGACAGCUCACUACGGCCUGUGGAAGAGCUGCACAAAGACCUUGUGGGUGUCCGACAUCGACCCAGAGAGAGAGAGCUGUGGACCUUCUGAACUACCUGGAGCAUCAAACUGCACAUACUUCAAGUUUUUUACCACGGGGGAAAAUGCUGUGAUAUUUCAGAAGACAACAAGGAAGAAUCUGAACGUAGCGGCGGCCAUGUUGGCCCUGUUCAGCCUGUUCCUAAUGGUGAUGGGGGCCAUUUGCAUCACCAUGGCCCUCAGCAAAGAGAUAGUCUUCUUCCUCAAACCAGCGUCCGUGUGCUUUAUUCUGUCAGGGGUCCUGGUUCUUGUCACUCUGAUGGUUUUCCACCAGUCCGUCGUGGCCUUCCUGGCCAGUGACCACACGGUUCCUCUCCACCACGAGCUGUCCUGGUCGGUGACGUGCAUCGGCUGUGCGGCGGCCGUCCUUACCGUGGGCGGGGUGCUCUUCCUGCUGCUGGCGCUGCCCUACAGCCCCUGGCAGAGGUGCCUCCCCCAGAAGGACAGCGUUUCGCGUUGCACUUUUGUUUGACGGGGAGGGACGUGAGUGUUUCCCAAAGACGUCUUAGCAGAGAGAUUGCUUCGCCGUUAUUUUCAGGUUUCACAUGCAUUGUAUUAGAGGCAGCACACGCUGUAAGAAGGGUACGUGCGCUUGGUUUAGAUUACGUGUCAGCUUUACAUAUUGUCUGUCGAGCGGAUACAGCUAGAAACAUUUGUGCUGACUGAGGACGAAAACAUCGGUUAAUCAGCUCAACCGCGUGACAGCGGCCAUGUUGUUGCGUCUGUAUUCUGCUCGGAUGGAUCAAGUUAAAGCAAAGUGCCUCUCUGAGCCCGAUUGGGAGGUGAACCAACUAUGUAUGAAUGACUUCAUUUUAUUAUUAAACACGACAUGAAUAUUUAAUUUC